CAGGCUGCUCUGGACUGUCCCAACAAUGUAAACAAGGUGUUUAACGAAAAGCGUCUUAACUCGAAUGUACGCUGUCUUUCAGGGUUAAAAUCGUUUUAAUCAUCCCGACGGCGUCCUGACCCGCACGAGUGGACCCCCUGGUGGAUCGUCCGACUAGGAUAAGAGGAGCCCCAGCUCUCGCUGGCAUCCCCUAAAGGACGCACAUCAAAGGAAAAGCAGGAUGCUAAUAUUUGCCUGGCGAAUUUUGUUCAAGCCCUGGGUCCCAGCGGGCCAAAGAGGGAUCAGUUGAAUCUAGAGAAUCUCUGUUCUUCAAACACAGGACUGGAUCCCACCUGCGGAAGGAUACGGAACUCACUGGUGAACGACAGGACAAGAAUGACAAUAUGGCGAUGAGUUGCUUGGCACAUAUCAAGAAGGAAGAGGACGCUAUAUUCCUUCAGCCUGUUAAAGAAGAGCAUGUGGAAUCAGAACUGUGUCCUUCCUUUAUAGACUUCAUCUUUAAGCAGGAAGAGGAGUUGGAUGUCAAGCCUGAUGUAGUAAAGGAAGAGUUUUUCAACUUAACAGCCAAAAAAGAGGAACCUUCAGAACUUAUAGUUACACCUCUCCCGGAGUUCACCAGUCAGAUUCCAGAAACAGAGAAUUUGAAUCAUGUUUCUUCCGUUGAGUGCAUCCGAGAUGGUUUGCCCACACAGAGGAUGCCGCUUCGACAGAGAAGCAGGAGGAAAAAAAAUUUGCUUAAUCCUUCAAUAACAUCAUCUCCCUGCCAGUCUGAAUCAGAAGAAGAUGAUACAAGUGAUCCAAACUGGAGACCACACAAGGUUCAAGCCUCCGAUAUGCACGUCUUAAGGAGACCUCGUUUCCAGACCAGAAAUUCCAAUGAUGCUAAAGCAGUCAAGAAAAAGCCUGAUGCACGCUCUCCAUAUAUACCCACAGGCUCAGAUAUGAAGCAAAACCGAGAGAAGAAAGCUAAGCAGAGCACACCUACAGAAAAAUCGAGUAAUCCACGCAAGCAUGCAUGUGAAACUUGCGGUAAGGCUUUCCUCUCCAAACGGGACCUGAAACGCCAUGAGCACACCCACACAGGAGCCAAGCCAUUCACCUGCAGCGUAUGUGAGCGCAAAUUCAACGACCACGGGAACAUGCGCAAGCACAUGGUAGUUCAUACUGGGGCCCAGCCCUACAGCUGUAGCCUCUGUGGAAGGGCCUUUUCAGAAAAUGGGAACCUCCGGCGCCACAAGUUUUACGUUCAUAAGAUCAGAGGUAAAGACCACCGCCAGUGGGAGCCUCUCUGGCACCAGUGCGUGGCCUGCCGCCGGACAUUCAAAUACCAAAAAAGCCUAAGCCGGCACAUGAGGUUGUGGUGUCAUAGAAAGGAGGACAGAUGAAGACAAAAAGAUAUGGAGAGCGAAGGGAACGCAAAACAAGUGGAGAACAAUGAGUGCUGAAAUUUGUGGCGAUCACAAAAGAUACCAUACAUGCUAAUGUUAACAGUGAAAGGAAGCUAUAAGCCAACUGUCAGCAUAAUGUCAUUCUCAGAAGGCUGUUUACUUUUGUUAAUUAUUUAGCAACGUGAGCUUUAUUGAAUGAACCAUUCCUCUACCUGUUCUGCUGGAGCAUCACCAACUUACAAUGACCACUUCAUUAGCUACACCUAAUUUGAUGAAUGGGCGAAAGAAAGGCUAACAAUAAUCAAGAGCACUACCGGAACAAAGCAGAGCAGGUAUUAUUUGGUUGGUGGAUCAUUCUCAGCAUUGCAGUGACACUGUGGUGGUAGUGUGUGUUGCACUGGUAUAAUGUAUCAGAUCCAGCAGUGCUGAUUGAGUUUUCAAACACUGUCCACUCUAUCAGACACUCUUACCAUGUUGGUCCACCUUGUAGAUGUGAAGUUAGAGACAGUAGAACAUCUUUUGCUGCACAGUUUGCAUUAGUCAUCCUCUAGACCUUCAUCAGUGGGCGUUAUCUGACCACAGGAUGCUGUUGGCUGGAUGCAUUUUGGUUGAUGGGCCGUUCCCAGUCCAGCAGUGACACUGAGGGGUCCAUUGAUGAACAAUAUCAAGAAAGACUAACAAAUUAUGCAAAUAUGAAGCAGAAGGCUAUGAUCUGAUUGUGAAGUGACAGAUUGCACCUGUUUGGUCUGUGAAGCUGACAGAGUGGCCAUUCCACUUUACAAUUCUGAUGUUUUAAACUGCAGAUCUACACUGCAGUAAUUGUCAAAUGUUUGGACCUGAUUGCAUGUAUGGUCUUCAUAGUACUGGCCAUAAACCUCUACUUGAGCUGGAUGAGUUCUAGCGGAGGAGGUUACCCACUUCAUACAGGAUGUAUGUGUGUCAUGAGCGUCUUUGUAAUUUUCCUCAAGUUACUUCAGAUAGCCUGGAUCGCAACAGCAUUGCCUCGAUGUUCACUUCAGAGUUAAGACUAGAAUUAAUUGCAUCCAAACAAGCCACCAAUACAGACUGUAGAACAGCAUCAGGUUAGUAAAGUGGGCUCAUUUAACUCAACAAAUAUCACCCAACUUAAAAGUGCUCUGCAUUGUGACUUACGUAUGUGUUUACGUAUAUUACGGUAGUCCUGUUUGAAUAUGAGGACAAUGAAAAUCCACCAAGAGCUCCAUUUUGCAGGAAGUUCAUCUUCUGAUGAUCUUCUGAUGAACCUACUUUUUUGGUCACCAAUAAACAGCAGUGCUGAUGGCUUUUACUAGAAUUUGUUAUUACUCAGCAGACUUGUGAAAAUUAUGGACAUGGCAGAUGGGUAGUGGAUUAAACUCACACAUCCUUAGUAAUCACUCAGAUUACAGCACCUUCCCAGGUAAAACUAAUCCAGCUCCAGCCAGGCUUAAGGCUAGUCCUUAUCUCCAAAAUAGUAACUUUACAGGAGUAGGAAAAAAACUUGCAGUACUUUUAAUGCAAGUCAAUGGAAUCAGACUUUUUCCAAGCCAUUUUGGGCUGUUUCUUUUGGUGCAUUCCUUAUGACA